AAUACGGAACACUUAAUUCGACAAACUCGAAAAUUGAAAACGGCGACCUUAAUUUUUCCCGUAAUCGGGUGAUUUAGUCGCCUCGACCGCCGCGCAUUGUUUCACGUCCAUUACGAGUCCAUAAAGGAAUUUCAAUGGUGAACGUCGUCGUCGAUGCGCGCCGAUAACGACGAGAGAUAAGGCGAUAUUCGUUGCGGAACUCGAUAAGUGUGUUGUUGUGUGCCGCCGAAGACGAAAGGGUCGAAACUACGUGCGGGGGCUCGAGAAUGCUCGAAAUCAGGGACGGGUGAGGGUUUCCACGGGCACGGAAGGUUUAACGUUUAAAAUGACUGGCGUUAAAAUAACAGUCGUCGGAGACGGCAUCGUGGGCAAGACGUGCCUCUUGAGCGCGUACACCACUGGCCAGUUUCCGGAAGAGUAUAUACCCACAGUAUUCGAGCAUUACGGCCAAAAGAUUACCGUAGAUGACGUCGAAUAUGAGAUGACGUUGUGGGACACGGCCGGUCAGGAAGAUUACGAACGGCUCAGACCACUGUCGUAUCCGAACACCAACUGUUUCCUGAUUUGUUUUUCCGUCGACAAGAACCUGGCUUCGUACGAGAACGUCUCCACCAAAUGGGUGCCGGAGGUGAGGCACUUUUGUCCCCACACCCCGAUAGUGAUCGUCGCGACCAAAACCGAUCUAAGGGACGAUCCGCGCGUCAUGUGUUACGCGCCACACGACGGCAAGAAACUGAUGCGCAAGGUCAAGGCGCAGGGCUACAGGGAAUGUUCUGCUCUGCGCAUGGAAGGUUUGGACGACGUGUUCGUCGAGGCGAUCCGGGUUUACCGCAAAUAUAAAAUAAAACCGCGACACAGUCAAUGUAUUUUAUUAUGAAAUGUUUGGAUAGGUCUUUAAAGAUAGGUUUUAUAUUUUCUGCGACAAUAAACGACGACGGCUAUUUUGUUUUUCUUUCGAACGCGGUCGGGAUAUAACACGGAACAUACGGCUACGGUCUGUGGUCCG